CCGGAAUUCACGGCCGGACUGUGGCAAAUAUCUCGCCACAAACAGGGAUUCAUGAGCGCGAAGUGUCGGCGACGACGGUUAAAGGAGGCGGGAGAGGAAACGGGUGGAUGUCUGCGGGCCCGUGGCAGGAACGGGCUGGUUCGGUUCUGUUUAAACCCAGGCAGUCGCCGCGGCGGGUCUCGGUGUGAACUGGUGCAUUGACGUUCGGACAGCGUCGCUAGUGUUCACUGUGCAUCACAGCUGGACCUGCUGCCCGUCACGCCCGGCACCGCUUCGGUUCUGGCGGCUGGGUGUCCGACCCGGUUCUCCAGACGCAGGUGUGUGUGGGUCGUCGUUCUGUCGUGUUCCUCUCGGUUCGCUGUAACUGUGUGAUGGACGUGGACAAAGUUUAGCUCGUUCACAUCAGACAAGUCCGUGUUUCUGUCACGUGCGCGUCACAGCGUGUCUGUGAUGCCCCAGGGCGGGCUGAGCUGGACGGGUCGUCAUGCCGUACACGGAUCGUCAGAACCGCAUCUGUGGCUUCCUGGACAUCGAGGAGAAUGAGAACAGUGGGAGGUUCCUGCGGCGGUACUUCAUCCUGGACACGCAGCAGGACAGUCUGCUGUGGUACAUGGACAACCCUCAGAACCUGCCAAAAGUCGCAGAACCCAUGGGAACCGUCAAACUCACCUACAUCUCCAAGGUCAGCGAUGCCACUAAACUCCGACCCAAGGCAGAGUUCUGCUUUGUUCUAAACACUGGGAGGAGGAAGUUUUAUCUGCAAGCCAACGACCAGCAGGAUCUGGUGGACUGGAUCACUGCUCUCACUAACGCCACCAAGAUCACCGUGCCAAAGAAAAGCGAGAGUCUCACCACCAGUGCAGACACUCCCCAUGAAAUACCCGCCCCCAGCAAGCAGGUCUCCACCAAGACGGAGAUCAUAGCAGGAGUGCCCGUCAUCACCACCACACAGGAGCAGGGUGGGGCACAGGUCCGAGCAGAGCGUGGAGGCCUGAAGCCGUCCCACAAUCCGGUGCCCUACUACCUGUCGAGAGCAGCGCAGGGCCAGGCCGUCGUCAAGGCCAUCAAGACCGGAUACUGUGUCAAACAGGGAGCUGUGAUGAAGAACUGGAAGAGGCGAUACUUCACGCUGGAGGAAAACGCUCUGAGCUACUACAAAUCUGAGCAGGACAAGGAGCCGCUCCGACUCAUCCUGCUCAAGGAGAUUCUGAAGGUCCAGGAGUGCAAAGACAGAGACCUAAUGAUGAGGGACAACCUCUUUGAAGUGGUCACGACGUCCAGAAACUUCUACGUGCAGGCCGACAGCCCCGAGGACAUGCACAGCUGGAUUAAAGCCAUCUCAGGAGCCAUCGUAGCCCAGCGAGGCCCCGGACGCUCUGCUAAUACUAUCCGUCAGGCCAGAAGGCUGUCCAGCCCCUGUAUACAGAGGUAUACGCCAUUCUGCAGUGAUGAAUGCAGCACGAGCUCAGUGACCACACCUCCUCCCCCCCACUACCCAACGCCGCCACCUCCCACCCCCUCGACCUGGAGCCACGCCACCAACAGCCCCCCCCGUGCUCCCCCCCAGCGAGCGCUCAGCCUCACGCUGGACGUGCAGCAGCAGGAAACCCUCCUGAGCAUGCUCCCCUGGCGGCUGAGCGGCGUCCAGGCGGUGGAGGUGAUCGCCCCCCCGCCGCGCUCCCGACUGUCGCUCCAAGAGCCAAAGCGAGCUUUGUCAGCAGCAGUGGUGGCGGAGAAGAGAUGAAGCACCACACCACUGAGAGCUCUGACUUACAGGUGACCUUAAUUUGAUGCCCACACACACACACUUCUACACAAGCUCCAUGUGCUGAGGCUGCUGAAACUACCUAACUGGACAAAAGCUCUGGACACGAGUGGGACAGAAAUGCUGUUUGUUCAUCCUUCCGCUGAUUUAGUCCCAUGUGUAAUUUACAAGACGGACUAAUUAACCAGGGUUGUCCCUUUGUGAAGAAGGAACAGCCCUGCUCUUCCCAAAGCGUCACUUCCAUCAUGGUUGAUGGCUUUAUUUUCAUAGCAGGAUGCGAUGAAUUCCUUCCUGAUGUCGAUCAGGAGCUUCUACGAACUGACACAUGUAACGGAUGAUUGUGUUGGACACCAUCUUCUCGUGUGUGUGUAGAUGUGGGGACAUGAAACCAAACCAAACUGCUGUUGUAGCUCUGUUCAUCUGUUGUUAUGUUGUCGUUACACAGGACCCCCUGUUGUGUUCAGUCUACACACAUUGUGUUGGAGAAUGGAUGUGGGUUGUUUUGUUAUUAUUCACAAUAAGAUACUUUUAAGAGAAACUUCAAAUAAGUGUUUAGUGACUUUUCCCUGUUCACCAUUAGAUGGAUAAAGUGCCUGCAGAGCCGUUUGACCCUUUGUGUGACUCUGACACCAUGUGCUCUAUUUAUUAAAAUCCAUUUUAAAUAAC